GCAAUAUUCAAUAAGACAUUUUUAUCCAGUAGGCAAGGCAAGGUUUAGCUCUGCUACAAAAUUUCUUGAUUUAUCCAAAUUUGCCAGUAAAUCUACACAAAAUGAACAGCAGGAACAACAUGAUCUUGGGUCAAGCCAUCAUCCGUCACUUCUGCAAGACUGGUGCCAGGGCUCAAACUGAAGUAGCCUCCGCCAGGUACAAUCAACUUAAAGGCAAACAAUCCAAGUUCCAAAUCGAUGAUGGAGUUCCAAGCUACUUGAAAGCAGGAUUUGGUGAUAAGGCUUUGUUUGCCUUGACAGCAGGUCUUGUUACAAUUGGUACUGGUUGGGGUUUCAGCACCUUGUGGGUCAUGUCUGCUCCCAAAAACUAAUUUUGUUUGUCUGUCUGCCUCCCCACAAGCACCAAACGAAAUGUAGUAAAAAUUUAAAUUAAUACCACUCCUGUACUUGUUACAUAAUAAUAAAUUAAUUACAUGUAA